AUGGAUAAUGCGAGUCACAAAAGAACUCCUGCACCAACACACCUAAAGCUAUCUAAAGAUGAAGGGGGCAUAAGUGUUGACCAGAGUUUGUACAGGAGCAUGAUUGGAAGCUUGCUAUAUCUAACAGCCAGCAGAUCAAAUAUUGCAUUUGCAAUUGGAGUAUGUGCCAGAUAUCAAGCAGAGCCAAAGGUAACUCACUUAAACCAAGUCAAGAGAAUCUUUAAAUAUGUAAAUGGAAAUUCUGACUAUGGCAUAUUAUACACUCACGGGUGUGACCCUAUCCUGACUGGAUAUUGUGAUGUUGACUGGGCUGGAAGUGCUGAUGAUAGAAAAAACACAUCUAGAGGAUGUUUCUUCUUAGGAAACAAUCUCAUAUCAUGGUUUAGCAAGAAGCCGAACUGUGUCUCGUUAUCAACUGCUGAAGCAGAAUACAUAGCAGCUGGUAGUAGCUAUUCUCAACUGUUUUGGAUGAAACAAAUGCUGACAGAAUACAAUGUUUCAUAG